AUGCAUAUCAAACGGAUUUUCAUGAAGAUGUUCUCUAGCGUGGGCAGAAACUCCAUGAAGAAAUCCUCUAGGUUAAAGAUGACAUGUCUGCUCAUUGCAGGGAUUUUCUGUUGGUCGGUUUUGAUUUUGAUCAGCACAUCGCAAAUUCACAACCCCCAUAAGUGGAUUAUGGCCAACAGUACGUUCGUGUCAUCUGAAACUUCGAACACAAAGAGAGUGUUCUUUAAGAAUGCGCUGUUCUCAUCCUCCGAUCAUAUUAAUCUGUACGAGGACUUGAUUAAGGAGAACCCUUUAGGAACAUAUUUUAACGACAGACUUACAGGCAGGGUCCCUGUGGGCAAAUCUCACUUGGAGUUCUUUAGGCCUCACCAGAUUAUGUUAAAAAAUGUGCUUAUUUUUCUAUUGAAUACCAGUCACCCAUCUGUUACUUCUUUCGGAGAAUUCUUCGCUCGCCAGAGAAUUGAAUAUAAAUUUCGAAGUGUGUCAAAUAAAUUACCGCCAUUAGUUCUGGAAGACUUGGGGAUACCAAAGUAUUCGUUGAUCGUUUUUGACGACUAUUCCACGUACGCAAGCAUGGAACCAACCAGAAGGGAUGACUUGGACAGUUACUGUAGAGCCUUCAAAAUAGGCAUGCUUAUUUUGACACACGAAUAUGAAGGCGUUGAAAUAUUUAGUGAUAAACUUCUGCAUAUAAAACGUCACUUCAGUCUGAGAAAUUAUAAGCUCAAUCCAGAAUCAGAUAUUUGGCGGGUGGCAAGGAGUAACCAGAUAUUUUUGGAGCCUUUGCCGUCUUCUGAUUGGGCAAUAUUCAUAACAAAUCAUGAAAAAUACACCCCUCUGGUGUUUUCCUCUUUCGCCGGAGUGCAAGGAAAUCGUGGGAAUACCUCGCUGUUUGAUUGCGUCAUUGCUGUCCAUGAUCGAGGUCUCAUUGACGGGAUUCAGCGGAUUCUUCUUGGACACAACCUGGAUUUCUGGCUAAAUUCAAUCAUUGCCACGGACGCUAUCACAUACUUGACCAAUGGUCUGCUGGGGUUGCCGCUGACCCGCCUGCUUCAGGUGGACAUUGAUGAUAUCUUCGUUGGAAAUACCGGGAUUCGAACCCUGGUCAAAGAUGCACAGGCAAUGGUUGCCAGCCAGCAGAAGAUACGGAAACUAGUUCCAGGAUUCACCUACAACCUGGGGUUUUCUGGUGGGUACUACAUGACAGGGAACAAGGAGGAACAGGCGGGGGACAGGGAACUAGUGGCAUUAGCCAAACAUUUUCUGUGGUUUAAUCAUCUUUAUCGACAUGACCGUUUGCUGAACUACAACAGUUCAAGGAUCAGACAAGCUAUUGAUAAGAACAUCCAAUUUGCUCAGGAACACAAGCUACCAAUGGCGUAUGGUUAUAUGGUGCCGCCCUUUCACGCAGGGGUGUACCCAGUCUACGAACGUCUGUAUGAUGCAUGGACUGUCAGCGGCGUCUCCAGUACCAGCACAAUGGAGUAUCCUAAAACAUCUCCCUUAUGGGGGAGGCGUGGUUUUGUCUACCGAGACAUUAUGGUCUUGCCCCGUCUGGACUGCAAUCUGUACACCUCAGUGGUCAGGUUUGAGGAUAUCAUAGGCGGCAAGUCUGGGCUGGACAGAAGUAUCAAGGGAGAUCUGUUGUUUAAAUUGUUUCUACAUAUUCCGGUCA